AUGGCUAUGGCUACAAACAAUUUUAACAGCUCCACUCAAAUUGGCCAAGGAACGUAUGGAAAGGUUUAUAAAGACAUUCUGGCUGAUGGUACAGUUGUGGCCAUAAAACAUGCACAAGAGGGAUCCUUACAGGGUGAAAAAGAGUUCUUAACAGAGAUAGAAUUAUUAUCAAGGUUACAUCAUCAAAACCUAUUGUCUUUGAUUGGAUAUUGUGAUGAAGAAGCUAGAGGCAUCCUCUACUUACACACUACAGAAGCUAAUCUUCCGAUAUUUCACCGAGAUAUCAAGGCGAGCAACAUAUUAUUGGACUCUAACUAUAUGGCAAAAGUUGUUGAUUUUGGACUUUCGCCACUUGCCCCCGUUCCUAUUGAAGGGGUUGUGCCUGCUCAUGUAUCAACCGUUGUGAAGGGGCCUCCGGUUAGACUCUUAUAA